AUGGCGGAAGAUGCAUUUUGUGAUUUUACACCUGACCUGGAUCCUUCACUUUUGAGUCAGAUGUCCAGUUACGCUUCUCGUCAUAACGAAGAAAAUGAAAACUUCGCCGGGGGAUCUGCAGGACGCAAGCCAUCUGGUGGCCCAGGGUUUUAUAUGGAUCAAUAUGCAGCCAAUAUGGAAGGCGUUGCCGUGCCGAUGAUGAAUAUGUCUACUGACCAUGACACAGAAGGAAUGGCAUUAUCAACGACAACUACUGCAGCAGCAGGUCUCUAUGAACCACACAACAGUAAUUACGCAAUGAAACCUGAAAAGGGGUUACCCCCAACCCCACCAGGAAGUCCACAAAACCAUAAAAACAUGACAUCCCAUGUACAGCAUGGUCCCAUGACAAUGUCUGUUGCGGCUAUGGUUGCGGCCUCACAACAACAUUUGCUAGCCAAACCUGUACCGAUGAGGCGACUGUCAGAUAAAGGUAUCAACCAGACUCGAUCUUCUAACCUUAACUACACAAACCCAGUGGAUACGUUCCUCACAGAAUCCAUGUUAGGACAAGCGGCAGUAGCAGCAGCCGGUAGCUCCCCGACUCUAGCCAGGGCCUUAGCAGCUGUACAGCAAACACAGAAAAGACCCAGAAGUGAAAAGAAGGCAUUUCCUUCAGAACAGAAAGACAGCAAAUAUUUUGAACGACGAAAACGAAACAACCUUGCAGCUAAAAAAUCAAGAGAUGCUAGAAAGUCUCGUGAAGAUGAAAUAUCAAUUCGUGCUAGUUUCUUAGAAAAAGAAAAUGCCAUUCUUCGAGCUCAAGUUGCAACUUUACGUGAAGAAGCGAAUUCACUCAAACAAUUACUUCUACAAAAACGUUCAAAACAUUAA